AUGGCCGCACAAGGCUCACGGGCUGUCUUCGAUAGUCUCCUGGCGCAGACACAUGUCCAACAUGCCCUGCUUCAGCCGGACGAUAGAUAUAAUGAGAUACCCUUCACCUGCAGAUUCCAACGGGCAUUCAUGACCUUCUUCAGCAUGGAGAACGGGAGGUACGCAGGCAACACGAAGGCACUCGCCAUAUCCCACUUAUUCAUAGGAGACGCGCCCCUGAUAUACGGUCUGUUCUCAGACAUUGGCCGGCCUCUGACGCUGCUCAGCGACGGCAUCGAGCUGCGCACCGCCAUCUUGGUGAUGCAGUCCCUGACGCUGGCUGCCGUGGACUGGAUGGAGCCCAUGCACGAACUGCUGACGGAUUCGCAGCUCGCAGCAGGGCCGUCCGCCGAGUACUUGUCACCGGAGGAGAUCCUCAGCCGGGUUGCCUAUGACGGCCGCUUCAGCGGAGUCAUGAAGGGCGGGCCAGGUUUUCACGAGGUCUCGAAUGUCUUCUCGGACCCGACCGCUAAAGCGGCCAUUGUCGAGUACAUGCAGUAUCUCGACACGCGCGAUCUGGACUUGCUCCUGCAGCAGAUAGCGGCGCUAUCCGUCCUGCUCGCCUGCGCAACGCACAAGCCCGGCCAACCGGCCUUUGACUUCUUCCUCGGCCGUCUGCCGACCUGCGUCAACAGCACCCGAGUGAUCCUGGAGUCCUGGGUUGAGGACGAGGGUCACAAAGUGUUGUUGGUCAGGGGCCUAUGGCUCGUUCUGCUGCUCGCGUACGCCACGCAGCUGAGGCCGGUUAUUGACGGAAAGCUGCUGGUCUCGAGGGAACUGGCGGAGGAGAAUAGGAGCUGGGAGACUAUUUACGACGACCUUCGCAGCCAAGCCGCCGCUGAGGGUAGACACAGGGAUUUUCAGUUCCUGCGGGCGGUUAGGAGUUUGCGCGAACUGUCAAAGGCAUACGAGCCGGUACAUGGGAGGCUCUACUUACAUGCCGCAUGUAAGCUGAUGAGCCAAUGGCGAGGGUGGACCGGCCUGGGGAUCAGCCGUGAAGCGAUGUUGAACAUUCGACUGUAA